AUGAACUUAUUUGAGUGGGCUUUUUCAAAAAGCCUGACUCCUCAGGAAAGAGUGAAAAAGAACUUGACGGCUUUAGAAAGAACCCAAAGAGAGCUAGAAAGAGAAAAGCGUAAGCUAGAAGUCCAGGAAAAGAAGAUUAUCCAGGAUAUAAAAAAAUCCGCGAAGAAUGGACAAAUUGGAGCUGCUAGAAUUCAAGCUAAGGACUUGGUCAGGACCAAACGUUACAUAGAGAAAUUUGGAAUGAUGAAGAUACAGUUGCAAGUGAUAUCAUUGAGGAUCCAGGCUGUUAGAAGUAAUGACCAAAUGGCAACAUCUAUGCGAGAGGUGACGGGCUUGCUAGCCGGAAUGAAUAGAUCGAUGAACUUACCCCAACUACAGCGCAUAUCUAUGGAAUUCGAAAAACAGAGCGACAUGAUGGACCAAAGACAAGAAUUCAUGGAGGAAGCUAUAGAUGAAGUUAUGGGUGACGAAUUCAAUGAUAAUGCAGAAGCAGAUGAGAUAGUCAAUAGGGUUCUUGAUGAGAUUGGUGUGGAUCUCAGCGCCAAGCUCGAAAGUGCACCGCAAGGCAUUGUAAAGGAAACAUCUGCUAAUGAUACAAGAGUCGCAAUAUCGGAACAUGUGGGUAUCCAGGAAUCCCAGCGUGCCAGAACUAAUUCUAAUACAGACGACGAGUUGCAAGCCAGACUGAAUAGUUUAAAAAAGGUAUGA